UAGAGGCGCGACUGAGCCGGGAGCGCUGGGGAAGCCCAGGGUCUUGUGUCUACGGGCAACGGAGUGUGAGGCGAAGUUGUGCCUCGGGAGUUUUGCCUCCAUUCUCAGAACGGUGGGAGCCAGGGAGACUUGGGAGCGAAAGAGGGGCAGUGUCUGAAAUCGGGUUCUCACACGUUUCCUGGAGCUGCUCGCAGGAUGAACGGACGGGAAGAGGGGUGAUAAUAGGCACAGGGAAGUUGAGUUCUGUAAAGAUCACCUAACUAGCGAGAGGACGGAAGCCCAGAAGUAACGCAGCCCGCUGUCGGCCACCGGAUCCUGGGCUGGGCUGGGCGCUUAGCCCCUGAGAUGUGGAAGCGGUCCCAGGCGUCGGUAACAGAACAUGCCAAGGCUUGAGGGCUCAGGGGCCUGCAGGUGUCCUUUCUUUUUCGUGGGAACUGGGAGGAAUGGGGCAGGAGUCAGGUCCGGACACCCUGGUGAUGGCUGUUAUGGGAGGUUUGGAGGAGUAAAGGCAGUUGGUCUGACCGAGCUCUUACCGGGCUCUCUGGGGCUGCAGCAUGGAGAAGAGUACAAGUGUGAAGUUGGUAGGAAGAGAAGAGAGGAGGCUACUGCAAUAGUCUGGGGUAUGAAUUUUGAGGACGUGGCCAUUGACUUCUCCCAGGAGGAAUGGGGGCUCCUUGAUGAAACUCAGAGACUCCUGUACUGCGAUGUGAUGCUGGAGAACUUUGCACUUGUAGCAUCGCUGGACCUUCACCAGCAACAGAGGCAUGGCAAUCGGGAGAAGCCCUGGAAAAGAGAUGUGGACAGGGCCUCGUGUGUGACAAGCUGCAACUUCUGUGUGUCAGGGCAGCCUUUCACAUGUAGGAAGGUUGGAGAGGACUUCCCAGCGACCUCAGGACAUCUUCAACUCCAGACCAGUCCCAACAGUGAGGAGCCACACCGUGGCAACCAGAGUGGAGAGGCCCUUCACAGCGGAAAAAGUCAGUACAACGGGGGUGAAUGUGAAAAAGUUGCCAGCCACAACCAUGCACUUGAUCAACAUCAGAAUGUUUGCUCUGGAGAAGGGCUUUAUGAGUGUAGCAAAUGUGGGAAAGCCUUCAGCUCAAACUACAGCCUUGUGCAGCACCAACAGAUUCACAGUGGACAAAGGCCAUAUGAGUGUGGUGAAUGUGGGAAAUUCUUGAGCCAAAUCUCUGGCCUUAUUAAAGACUGGAGAAUUCACAGUGAUAAAGAGCCUUAUAGAUGCAGAAAUUGUGGACAGUUUCUUACCCAUAACUUCAGUUUCAUAGAACACUGGAGAAUUCACACUAGAGAAAGAACUUACGAAUGCAGUGAAUGUGGAAAAGUCUUUAUCCACAGAUCUAAACUCAUUCACCAUCAGAGACUACACACUAGAGGAAUGCAUUAUGGGUGUGGUGAAUGUGGGAAAUCGUUCAGCUACAAAUCCAACCUCAUCGAACACCGUAGAGUUCACACUAGAGAAAAGCCUUAUGAGUGUAAUGAAUGUGGGAAAUUCUUUAGACAAAGCUCUAGCCUUUUCCGACACCAGAGAGUUCACACUGGAGAAAGGCCAUAUAAUUGCAGCGAAUGUGGGAAAUCCUUUAGACAAAUUUUUAACCUCAUUCGUCAUGGGAGAAUUCACACUGGAGAAGUGCCUUACAAGUGUAGUGAAUGUGGGAAAUCUUUUAGCUGCAAAUCUGAACUCAUUCAACACCAGAGAAUUCACAGUGGAGAAAGGCCUUAUGAGUGCAGUGAAUGUGGGAAGUUCUUUAGACAGUUCUCUAACCUCAUUCGACACCGGAGUGUUCAUACUGGAGAAAGGCCUUAUGAGUGCAGUGUUUGUGGGAAGUCCUUUAGCCGUAAAUUUAUCCUUAUUCAACAUGAGAGAGUUCACACUGGAGAAAGACCUUAUGAAUGCAGUGAAUGUGGAAAAUCCUUUACCCGAAAAUCUGACCUCAUUCAACACCAGAGGAUUCAUACUGGCACAAGACCUUAUGAGUGCAGCGAAUGUGAGAAAUCUUUUAGGCAACGCUCUGGUCUUAUUCAACACCGGAGAGUUCAUUCUGGAGAAAAGCCGUAUGAGUGUGGGGAGUGUGGGAAAUCCUUUAGCCAAAGUGCUAGCCUUAUUCAACACCAGAGAGUUCACACUGGAGAAAGGCCUUAUGAAUGCAGUGAAUGUGGGAAAACCUUUAGCCAAAGUUCUAGCCUCAUUCAACACCAGAGAGGUCACACUGGUGAAAGGCCUUAUGAGUGCAAUGAAUGUGGGAAGCCCUUUACCCACAAAUCUGACCUCAUUCAACACCAGAGAGUUCACACUGGGGAAAGACCUUAUGAAUGCAGCGAAUGUGGGAAAUCUUUUAGCCGCAAAUCUAACCUCCUUAGACACAGGAGAGUACACACUGGAGAAAACCCUGUGAGCAAAACCCAGAUCAGAGAGCUAAUUUUGCGGAGCUCAGGCGACAGCCGGAAGUCCCGCCCGCACUGUACCGGCCACGAACGGAAGAGCCUCUUUGAAGCUCUCAUUGGAGAGCGAUGCUGCCGCUCGACUCUUCGCAUUCUGGUACAGGAGACCCCUGAGAGUGGCCAGGUGGACAAGGGACUAACCCAGAAGUCUCCACAGUUUUCUGUGGGCUUGGAGGAAGGACCUUGGGGGCACAUAGGAGAGAUUCAGGUCGAUGGGAAUGUCUCAUGCGCGUCCUGUGUGUCUGUGAACUACAUUACCCAGAAGAGCGCGCGUCGAUGGACGGCAUCCCUGACCAAUGAAGCGCAGGUUCGGGAUCGGGGUGACUCACCGAGAAGGCGCGAGGGAAGGCGCUGUCGCCGCCGCACACACUUGGGUCCGCGGCUGGCGACGCCGCCCGGGCUGCCCCGCGCCGGGGGCCGAGACGAGGACCGCCGGUCCGGGUGUCCGCUCCGCCUGCCGUGUCUGAUGGCGGCGGCCGCGCCCCGGGACCCGACUCAGGGCACUGUGACCUUUGAGGACGUUGCUGUGUCCUUCUCCUGGGAGGAAUGGGAUCUUCUUGAUGAGGCUCAGAGACACCUGUACCAGGAUGUGAUGCUGGAGAACUUGGCGCUUAUAACCUCCCUGGGUUGUUGGCAUGGAGCAGAGGAUGAGGAGGCACCAUCUGAGCAGAGCAUUUCUGUAGGAGUGUCACAUGUCAGGGCUCCCAAGACAGGUCUUUUUCCCCAGAAGGCCAACCCCUAUGAGGUGUGUGGUCCAGUCUUGAAAGAUAAUUUUUACUCGGCUGAGCACCAGGAAACACAAUUCAGUGAGAAAGUGUACACUGGUGAGACACAUGAGAAAAGAUUCUGUUUCAGCGAAAACCUUCAGCAGCAGCAGAAGCAGCAUGUGAGCGAUAAGCCCUUCGGUAACAAUGUAAGCAGAGCUUCAGUGAUCAAGAGCUGCAGGUUGCAAGUGUCAGGGAAGCCCUUUAUCUGUGGGGAGAUUGGGAAGGAUUUCUUGGCCAGCUCAGGAUUCCUCCAGCAGCAGGCCACACAGACUGGAGAGAAGUCAAACAAUGCAACUGAAUGUGGGGCGGCUUUCCACAAGGGAAAAACUCAACACUGCUGGGGAGACAGCACAGAAGCUUUCAGCCACAAGCACACAUUUGUUCAUCACCAGAGAGUCCGCCCUGGAGAGAGAUGUUACAUGUGCAGUGAAUGUGGGAAAUCUUUUAGCCAUAACUCUAGCCUUAUUAAACAUCAGAGAGUUCACACAGGAGAAAGGCCUUACGAGUGUGGGGAGUGUGGAAAAUCCUUUAGCCAGAGCUCCAACCUCUUUCAACAUCGGAGAGUUCACACUGGAGAAAGGCCUUACGAGUGCAGUGAAUGUGGGAAAUCUUUUAGCCAAAGCUACAGCCUCAAUAACCAUCGGAAAGUUCACACUGGAGAGAGGCCAUUUGAGUGUGGAGAAUGUGGCAAAUCCUUCAGUCAAAGAUCCAACCUCAUUCAACAUCGGAGAAUUCACACUGGAGAAAAGCCUUAUGAGUGCAGUGAGUGUGGGAAGUCCUUUAAUCAAAGUUCUGCGCUCCUGCAACACCAUACCGUUCACACCGGAGAACGGCCCUAUGAGUGCAGUGAAUGUGGGAAAUCCUUUACCUACAAUUCCAGUCUUUUAAAACACCAGAAAGUCCACACAGGAUCAAAGCCUUAUGAGUGCAGUGAAUGUAGGAAAUCUUUUAGCCAGAAUUGCAGCCUUGUUCUACAUCUGAGAGUUCACACUGGAGAAAGGCCUUAUGAGUGCAGCAAAUGUGGAAAAUCUUUUAGCCAAAGCUCUGCGCUCCUUAAACACCAGAGAGUUCACACUGGAGAAAGGCCAUAUGAGUGCAAUGAGUGUGGGAAGUCCUUUAGGCGAAGCUCCAACUUCAGUGACCAUCGGAGAGUUCACACUGGAGAAAGGCCGUAUAAGUGUAACCAGUGUGGGAAAUCCUUUAGUAAAAGCUCUGGCCUCACUCGACACCAGAGAGUUCAUACUGGAUUGGGCAUUAUAAAUAUCUUGAAUGAGAAAGCCAUUAGCCGAAGCCCUUACCUCAUUGAUUACCACAAAAUUCACAUGGGAGAAACAACUUAGAUAUGUAGCAAAUGUAUUUCCUUGUUCAGUAUAACAACGAGGAGAUCUCUUUUGAGGGUACCAUUUGCCUGAAUGGCGCCUCUUACAUCCACACAUCAAAAUAAAUUCCAGGUAUGUGGAGCUGUGUUGCAUGUUUCAGCUUGGACCCGUGUGAAUUUUUAUUACUGUUGAUUCUGUAGCAGCAGCCAUUCACCUCUCCCACCUGCAGGUGCCCAUAUGUAUAUCAUUUAUCUGCUCUGAUGUGUUCAGCAAAGUAAACCUUGGUGUUUUCCCAUUCACUGGGUAAAUGUGAGAAGCCAGAGUACUCAUUUUUUUCUCUCUGAUUAGUAGGGCACAGAUGACCCUGUUGUGUUCCAGAGGACUCCAUCUGAGUUCUGCCUGUGACCUGAAAAGUCACCUUUUUUAGGGAUAUUGGUCUGGUAAUUCUUGUGAUGGAAUUUCCUAGCCUCCAAAUCACUAACCGAGGAACAGCCUUCCUCUGUUAAUUCUGGUUUGUGCUAUAACAAAGGCCUUAUUGUGCAAGUCAUCUUUAUCUUGAGGGUUAGAUUUACUUUAUGGGGUGGUUUCAGAAUGACAGGAGAAAUAGCUGGCAUGGGCACCCCAAUCUUUGUGUGCUUCAGGGGGAUAGAAGGAUGGUAGUCCUGUCUCUAGUUUGGGCCUUGUUUGCAUUGUUGCCGAAGGCCUCUAAGGAAAUUAUGUAGGGUUUUGUGGUUAAAUUGUAGCCUGGAUGCCAGGAAGUUUCGUGCUGUCAGCACUCACCUUGAAGAGGGGGCAGUUGUGACAAUCUCUGGUACUUCUGGGAACAACAUAAAAUUGUUUUCUUGUUUGCAGGGGAUGUUGCAUUGUGCUCAGCACUGGUGCAGGAAAUCUGUUCCCAGGUCUUGGAAAGGAGAGAUGUACCCUAAUGCCCAGAAUUCUGUUUGGUGGUGUCACUGGCUGAAAGAUUAUAGGGGGAGUCAUAAUUGUACACAAACGGAGAAUUAACAGAGAGGGCAAGAGAUUGCAACAAACUGGUUGGAUUGUGCCUCUUUUAUAAAAGGGCACCUGCUAUUGUGCUAGUCAGUAUGGCUGUGAAGGAUGAGCAAGUACAGAAAUUCUCAGAUCCUUCUGAACUGUGAAGCUUGUGUAGCUGAGGGCCUUGUCAGAAAAUAAUCUAAUAGGGGGACGCCUGGGUGGCUCAGUUGGUUAAGCA